CAAAUGCUGCGACUACAGAGGGUUCGGGGCGCUUCCUUGGCGCCCGCCCGUUUACGAGCCAGCGUCAAAGGCCUGUCAUGUCCGCUGGCACAUUUGCAUUGUCAAAAUCUGACUUUAGAUUUAAGCGCGGCUAUGAUUGCAGGCUGCUGCAUCGGGUUCGUAAAAGUCAUACAUGUUCGGUUACUGGAUCCAACUAGUCCGCACAGUGACGCGCCAGGCCACCGAUGCGUAGUCAUCCUGCAUGCAUAUGUACUAUCGAUGUAAUGUUGCAUAUGCGAACUUGAAUUGACGGACAAAGCAAAGUGAGGCAGCAUACUUGCAUUUAUGGGGCACAUGACACAGGAGUAGUUGUGUCGAAUAUUAAUUUGCCACUUGAACAGCAAUUGAAACAUAGUUGUCCUUAAGGCACGCCCGCGCUUGAGCACAAGCUGAGCGAGCGACGAAAAAUGUCGGUUUCCAUAGGAACGCUGCUCCUGUUCCUGCUGCCCUUCGCGAUGUUGGGUCUUGCUAAAUCGCAAGACGUCAGGCUGCGAACCGGCUCAAUUUCGUUCAGUAAUCAUGACACGUCUGCGCAGCAGGGCCAGCAGGGCGGGGCCGCGGCGGGCGACAGCUCGACCGUCGCCAGCCGCUCCGCCUCGAUCUCAGAACCAACCAGCAGCCUGGAUCCGCUGGCCUACCGCUCUGCUGAGGCCUGGGGCCUGGCUCCCCUCCUCCGCCUGUACGUGGUGCAGUACUCACCGGAGGGAGGCAGUGGCAGUAGCAGCGGCAGUAGUAGCAGCACUGGCGCUGACGCUUCGCCACCCGCCGCCGGCCUGCUUGUGUCUGCUGUGUCAGCUGCGGGCGGCUCCGUGCUGUCGUACGUGCCGGACUCCUCGCUGCUGGUGGUGGCGCUGCCGGAGGCGGCCGCGGCGGUGCAGCGGGACACGGGCGCUGUCAUGGUGGAGCUAGGUUCUGAGCACCGCCUGGCGCCCGAGUGUGCGCCGCUGCUGAUGGCCAGCGCUGCCGAGAUCCAGCAGGGCGGCAGCAGCCUGAGCAGCAGCAGCAGCAGCAGCAGCCGCCUUGUCCCUUGGCUGCAGCAACAGAAGCGGCGGCUGCUGGGCGAGACCGUGACAGGCAGCCGCAAGCCGCAGCAGGUGCAUGAGCAGCAAUCAAAUGAAGUCAUGCACUCCCCCGUGCUUGUACCAGACUUGCAACAGUGCACCAAGGGCGAGGUGAAGCAGGUGCGGCUACAGCCAGUGGACGAAAACGAGGAGGGCAGCGGCAGUGGCGCCGCGAGUGGCAGUGGCAGUGCCAGCCGCCGCCUGGUUGCUACAGCCGCAGGCUCUAGCCUCAACGACGGCAGCAGCAGUAGCGCGCAGGAGGUGGCUCGGCGGGCGCUGUUGCGGCGCAUGCGGCAGCUGCCUCUGGCGGAUGAGCGGGAGGUGCCUGCUGCAUUGGCGGGCGCCGCAGAGCAUGCGGCACGCCGCCGCCAGAUGGCGGCUUCGGAUGCUACAGCCGCGGUGCCGCCGCCGCAGUACGAGCUGCUUGUGGAGCUAUUGCCGGUGUCCGCCGUGACGGCUGAAGCCGUGGCGGCGGCGGAGGCCGACUGGCCGGGGGCCAUGUCGGCUGCCUUCGAGGCGGCGACUGGAGCCCCCGUGGGCACCUGUAUGCCGCUGGUGUCGGCGGUGCGGGGUUUUGCCGGCCAGGCUAUGGUGGUGGAACAGCAGUCCGAGGGCGACGCCGGAGGGGCUGUGGCCGGCGCGCGGCUGCGCGUGUUUGUGUGCGAGCAGCACCUGUCCGCCGCCCUAGACUGGCUGUCUUCUCAGCCUGUGGUGCGCUGGGUGUCACCCCGCAUGACUCACACCCACCGCAACGCCCGCGCCAGCAUCCUCACCCAGAGCGGCUCGCUGACAGCCGCCGAGUACGCCGACCCUGUGGGAGACGGCAGCAGCGGCGCGGAAGCGGCGCGGCGGCCCUACUGGGCGGCGGGGCUGGACGGAACCGGCGAGAUCCUGGGGUCGGGCGACACGGGUGUGGACCUGGACAACUGCUACCUGUCCGACCCCCGAUACGACUCGGGCGCAGUGGCAGGGCAGCUGGUCAACGUCACCGAGACCUGGACUUCCUCCAAUGGCAAUGGCACGGUGUGGUGGCGCCCCGACGACCGCGUGUGGCGGCCCUCUGACCACCGCAAGCUGGUGCAGUACUACCUGCCCGCGGGCUGCGUGUACGGUGACAACCCGGCGCAGGGCACCGCCGGGCACGGCACCCACACCGCGGGCUCCAUGGUUGGCGCCCUGCUGGCGCUGCAGCUGGCGCCCGGCUACAACGGCUCCGUGCUGAGCGGCGCGGCGGGCGAGGCGGCGGCCUACGGGCCCACGGUGCUGGACGCGGGCAGCGGCGCCGCGCCGCGGGCCAAGCUGAGUGUUGUGGACAUCUCGCUGCCCCUGGUCAGAGGCGACCCCGAGGCUGGGCUCCAGACGCCGGAGCCGGUGGAUGACGUGUACCUGCGGCUGCACUAUGAAGUGGGCGCACGCGUCACCUCUGACAGCUGGGGCACGGACAUCAACAUCUACGAGGAGACGGCACAGGCCUACGACGCCUUCCUGUGGCGCAACCCCGACUCCAUCGCCUUCAUCGCCGCCGGCAACAACGGCUCGGACGCGCUGACCCCGGGCGGCAGCAUUGGCACGCCCGCCACCGCCAAGAACAUUGUGGCUGUGGGUGCGACCUACCGCGUGCCCGCCGAGCUGGGCAUCGGGCCGCAGGUCCUAGAGGUCCGCGGCUCUACCCCCGGCACCGACGGCUCGACUCCGACUGAGGUACUUCGGCUGUCGGUGUACCCGAUGGAGAACCCCGACCUGCCACAGCUGCUCAACAUCAUCCCCCUGGGCUCCCAGGUUCCCCUAGUGGUGGCCGACCCGCCCGACGCCUGCACGCCGCUGACCAACCCGGCGGCCGAGGUCAGGGGGGCGGUGGUGCUGGCGGUGCGCGGCGAGUGCUGGUUCUAUCAAAAGGUCCUCCAUGUGCGGGCGGCGGGAGGCGGAGCAGUGAUCUUCGUGAACAAUGUGCCGGAAAUGAUGGACAGCCCGCCCGCCCCCGUCUACCCCAACUCCAACUAUUAUGCCGCAAAGAUGGCGACCAGUGUCAUCAGUCAGGGCCUGGGCCAGUGGCUGCUGGGCAACGCCAGCGCCGGCGUCGAGUUGAGCCUGGCAAACACGGUGAAAAACGCUGGCUCCGACACCGUGGCAUUCUUCUCCAGCUACGGACCCAUGGCGGACGGCCGCAUCAAACCCGACAUCGUCACCCCGGGGGUUCUCAUCACCAGCGCCGGCGCCAAGGGCGGCAUCACAGGCGGCGCUUGCUCACCCGCCCAGGCCAACCUGAGCGGCACGUCCAUGGCCACCCCGCACGCCGCCGGCCACACAGCGCUGGUGCGUCAGUACCUGCGCACCGGCUUCUACCCCACCGGCUCCCCGGCGGACGCCGCAGCCGCGCCCUUCACCCCCAGCGGCAUGCUGCUCAAGGCUGCGCUAAUUGCCGGCGCAAAGAGCCUCCAGGGUGGCCUGGCUAUGGCCCUUGGCAUUCCCAUGGGCCCCCCGCCCGACGCCUACCAGGGCUGGGGCCGCCUCAGCCUGCCGGACACGCUGCCGCUGCCCGGCCUCACGCCCGCCGGCUUCUCGCUCCAGGUGGCGGACCGCGGCCAGUUCACCGCCAGCGGCCAGCAGGCGGCGCUCACCGGGAUCACGGCCACGGGCAAGGGGCCCAUCUCCAUUGUGCUGACGUGGUACGACUACCCGGCUGACGUCAACUCCCCCACCCAGCUGGUUAACGACCUGGACUUGACUGUGGGCCUGGGCGGGGGCCGCGACGGCAGCCCGCCACAAAGCCUGAUGGGCAACAACCCCGAGGGAGCGCUGCGGCCCGCCCCCGACCGAGUCAACAACGUGGAACGUGUGUACAUCACCCACCCGUCGCCUGGCGCCGCCCUCACCAUCACCGUGACGGCGCACUCGCUGCCCUCGCGCCUGCUGUCGGGUCCGGACGCGCUGCUGCCCCAGCGCUGGGCGGUGGCGGUGGUGGGGCACUUCAGCGGCACACUGGCGUCCGAGCUCAACCCCGCCUACGUGCGCCAAGGGCAGCUCGGCACCCGCGGCGACAGCGGCGGCGGCGGCAUGCAGCAGGCCACUUCAUCACCGCCUCCGUCUCCCAGCCCUCCCUCUCCUCACCCUCCAUCACCUGCGGCACGGUUGCCGCCUGCCCCCAAGAAGGCCGCACCCCGCCCGCGGCCCAAAGGGGCGGGCAAGAAGAAGCGCAACGCUGGAGCCGCCAAGUCCCCGGCCCCGCCUCCGCCUGCAAAGAUCCAGGCGUGAGGGCAGCAGCAGUGAGGGUGGUGGCGUGCAAGGCAACCAGGAAUGGCACUGGGGACACAUGGAUGAUGGUGGGCGGGGAAAAUAAGUGGGGGUGGGGGGCAAGGCCUGCUCGGCACUUGCUUGCUCCCGAUAUUGGUUUAGGCGCGCGUGUUACUGUAGGCGCAUGUCAUUGCAUUCCUGCUGCGUAUGGAGCGAGGCGUUAUGGUUAGUUAUCACACUGGGGCCCCGGCUGUAAAUAUCCAGGCAUCAAUAUUCAUACUGCAGCGUGCGCGGGUCCACAUGCAUGACCAGUGCAGCAUACUGGUGCACACGGCGAGUCGAAGGUUGUCAUUUGCGUAUGUGAGCGCUGUGUUGCUGGGCAGGCCACCUGGCUGUCGCAGGAGCGGCGUCCACUGCCGCACUGUCCGACCAAGCAGGACAGCACACGUACGGGGUAACACCUGCCGGUGAGAAUCCGUCUACUGCGAGCGGUCGUGCAUUCGUGCCUUCCUUUCAUCGACAUGAUGGUAUACGCCGCACUUGGUGGUGUUCAUUGAGGUCCCAAAGGGCAGGGAUGGCUGCAUUGGGUAGCUCUAUCUUUCAUGCUGAGGCAGGACUGACGCGGACAGCUUGCUUGGCGGGUAGCCAAGGACCGGAAACCAAGUCAUGCCGGCAGCCACCACAACGGUAUGGUGUUUGCAGUUGGCUGGGGCGUGUGUGAAACUUAAGAACAUACAAUGUGACCGGAAACGCACCGCGCGCGGAUGUUCAUUAAGUGAGGAGCGGGAAUUGAUUUGGCAGCGUACGUGCGAUUGAGUUGCGGGCAUGGGUGAGUUGAGGGCGGCUAUUGGGCGUUGCCUGAGGCCAUUUGUUGAAAGCCAUUGUGCACAUUCAUGUUAUGACCUCCAGCAUUUACCUAACGCGCCCCCGGACUCAAAGGAGUUAGUGGGGCCACAUGGACUCGAACCCAUGUAAAUGCUCAUGCUCAUGCUCAGCAUGCUAGGGUAAGUACCGUACGGUAGCUGACGAACUAAGCCUCCGCCUCCUCAUGCGUUUGAACAUGGAUGGGCUGGUGCCGGGGCAGUCAAUCGAGUGUUUUGGGAGGUGGGCAUGAGUGCCCAUGUGGGCACUGGAACGAUCAUUCGGGCCCGGACGGUAGGGACUUCAAGAUUAUGCCGCGAUCCCCAGAGGCGGGCAAUGUAAAUCCCUCUAGCCCCAGCGGUAAGCAAUGUAGAAACCAAUGCCCAGAACCGUUCAGUUCCCACCCAUUCUGCUUAGUCCCACGGCUGGUACACGCGCCAGGAAGGAUCGUGCCGGGGCCGGGGCCGGAGCCGGGGCGGGAACGCGCGCGGACGAACGUGGGGGCUUGCGUGGGGGCUUGUAAAUUUGGGCAAAU